AUGUCUGCCUCGCCGUCUGCAUUGCAAUCGACCAAACGUCCCCUGGAGGAUCCGUCCUCUCCCUCGGGCCCCAACGACCAGCCCGAAGCCAAGCGUCCUGCUUUGGAUAAAGUAGUUAAGGGUGAGGAGUCCGAAGACAUCAAGACUGAGACUACCCGUGCCGAUGGUCAGAAUGACACGGUGGUGCCUGAUGCUCCCAAGGCUGCAUCCUCUGAGACGCAACCCAUUCAGUCCACCGCGUCCCAUGCGGACGCCGGUGCUUCUCAGACCGAACAGCAGCGGCCUCAGGAUGAGUCCAGCUGGAUCCACAUCCGCGCCGUAAUCUCCAGCCAGGAAGCCGCGACGGUUAUCGGUAAGGGUGGAGAGAAUGUAUCCCAGAUCCGUCGUCUGUCUGGGGCCAAGUGCACCGUCAGCGAUUACUCCCGCGGUGCGGUGGAACGUAUCUUGACUGUCAGCGGCCCCCAGGACGCCGUUGCGAAGGCAUUCGGUUUGAUCAUCCGUACCUUGAACAAUGAACCCCUUGAUGCCCCCUCCACUGCCCAGUCCAAGACCUACCCCUUGCGUUUGUUGAUCCCCCAUAUCCUCAUUGGUUCGAUCAUCGGUAAGGGUGGUGGUCGCAUUCGCGAGAUCCAGGAAGCCUCCGGUGCUCGUCUGAAUGCCUCCGACGCCUGCCUGCCCCUCUCCACUGAGCGGUCGCUUGUCAUCCUUGGUGUUGCGGAUGCCGUCCACAUCGCCACUUACUAUGUCGCCGUGACGCUUGUGGAGCAGCUCACUGAGCGCUUUGGCGGCCCCGCUGCCUCUGCUUAUGCUACCCGCAGCGGUGGUCCGGCUGGUGCUGUGCCUGGUGGCAUGCAGGUCGUCCCAUACGUUCCUCAGCCUGCUGGCGGUCAGUAUGGUCAUCCCGACACCUUCAAGCGUCACCACCCUCACCCCAACCGUGGUGCAGCCGGUGCCUAUGGUGUCCCUUAUCUCCAUGGACAAGCUGCACCCACUCCCGUGGCCCAACCCGCGAUGCACUAUGGCGCUGCGCCUACCCCCUAUGCUGGCGCCGGUCCCCAUCAGCCUGCCCCCUAUCCCCCGCAGGUUCCUCAGCCACGUGGAGGCCCGACUCCUGUCGCUCCCGUGGCCGGUGGUGCUAUGCCGGGUCAGCCUCUGACGCAGCAGAUCUACAUUCCCAACGACAUGGUCGGUGCCAUCAUCGGAAAGGGUGGUGCGAAGAUCAACGAGAUCCGUCACCUUAGUGGCAGUGUGAUCAAGAUCAACGAACCCCAAGAGAACAGCAACGAGCGUUUGGUGACCAUCACCGGCACCCAGGAGUGCAACCAGAUGGCGCUCUACAUGCUUUACUCUCGACUUGAAAGCGAGAAGCACCGGAUCUGA